AUGCACCCACCUAUGCGCAAGCGUGCACCUGGGUCAGCGGGCGAUGCUGCCUGCCGUGGGCGUCGGAGGGGGCCGAAGUCCCAUACAAAGGUGGUGACUCCUCCCCAGAGGCGUGCCCUUCCAUCCUUUCCUGAUGCGCAUCGCUGCCAGCAGCUGCAGCGACAGAACUCUGGGCUCACUUCAGGAAGUACAAAACCCAGCGCCUUAUCGCUUGUCAUCGCUGACUAUCCCUGGCCCAGGGGACUGGGAGAGCCUGUCACCCGGGUGGCCUGGCAGCAGGCCAAGCGAGGCGACACGCGGCUGCUCCGCACACCCAAGUUCCCUGCUGUGGUUUCCAUCGCCGUGACCGGGCUGGGUCGCGUUUCCUGUCCUAACUCACAGGCUGGCAUGACGCUGCAUUCCUCCGGGACGCUCUGGGCUUGCCGCUCAGGUCUUAGCACUUCAUCUCACAGCUCUCAAGACCAUAUCCAAGAGAUGGUUAUGGGCGGGGUGCAGGAGGGGGAGGCGGGGGCGGGCAUCCAACAGCAGUUUGAAAAAGAGAAGCUAUCAGAAGAUCUGAGACAGCCUCCUGAGAAAUAUCUUCUUGGUAAGAUGGCGCCAGCGACGUGUUGGUUUGGGACCAGCGAGAAAGAAGGCAAUGGUUUCAAAAUGUGA